GCUAUUCUUCUGGGCAUGUCUCGGCUUCAAUCUAUUGCUUUCUUCUUCAUCUUGAAGGGCGUGUUUGUUUUUGAAAACUGAAAGGGUCUCUUUUAGAAACAUGGAUCAUUAACAACUUGCAGGCCAAGUGUUUGUUGUAUUGCUUGGGUUCCUAAAUUAGCUCAGUGGCAUAUUUCUAGUCCAUCAAGUUUGUGUGUCAUGUUGUGGCUGAAGCUCUUGGCAUUGCAUUACCUCAUACAUUAAAUUUUUUAUGGUCUUUCACUUCUUCAUUUUUUGUAAUUUUAUUUUUAAUGGAGGGUAGAGUUUGUCUUAUUUUCAUGUUUCUUACGCCCUAUAACAUGGAAAGAUUCCUGCUUCUAAUCAUAAUGAAUAAUUAAUAUUUUGAGGGUGGAACCAUCAAACGGAUGAUGGUUCCUCUUCGUCUCGCUCUGCCAUUUUAAGUAGAAUACGAUAAUCGAAGGUACAAAUUUCUUCGUUUACAAUUUGUUAAAAGUUAUUCCCGCUGUCACAUGGCUCUGGUUUGGAUUUUGAUGUUAAGAUAAUCACAAUUACAUCAAUGUUCUUUGGUGGAUCCCAACCUUAACUAUAUUUUAAAUGGCCCACUAAGGCAUCAUUUCUGAAUCUUUGUCAUACUUAGAUGCUACCCUUCCAUCUGCUGAAACUCGUAAAUUCUCUUCGACACUCAGAACGCGGUUAAAACAUAAGAGUAGCUUUAUACAUGAACUUGACUUAUCCAAUUGACUUUUUCCUUGUUGAUUUCAUAGUUUUUAUCUUUGUCACUUUUUCUACAUCUGGUCGAAUUUCAAUCAUGGAUUGCCACUUGAUUUAUACCUGUGAGUUGUGAGCAGGUUAAAUAUUAGUUUUAGGAUAGAACACACCCUUAAGAAUUAUUCAGCGGAUUUACUCUUGACACCAGAAGGUACACUUUUCUGAUGCCUUCAUUCUCAAUCUUCUUAAAAAGAAAAUAGAUUAAUUGCUGAAAACAAAACAAAACAAAACAAAAAAGGAAAGGAAAAAAGAAUAAAAGUAAACAAUCAGGGAAGAAACUUUCUUGGGAAAAAAGAUAUAGUUGCCAAAUUAUUCAUCUCUUAAGUUGGCAAAGCUAAAACUAAACCAGCAUUGAGCGGCACAUUCUCUCCCAUGUUUUAUGUCGGAGAAACUCCCAAUAAGACCAAAGCUUCACCCGUCAUUACUUGCACAUUACCAGCUGUUAAAUACCUGACGAACCCUUAACAAUGACUGCUCAUUGAUGAUUUUUUUAUUGCCCAUAUAUUAUACUUGAUCAAAUGCAUUAGUUGUUCUUGUUUCGACGACUUCCUCAUAACUAGACAUUACUUUCUCUGUGUUCUGUCCAUCCAAACAUCACACUUCAGUUUCUGAGUAGAGAGUGCAAAUGAUGGACCACUGAGAGAUUAAGCAGAGUGAAGAAUAAGAUGCAACUGAAAAUUCUGCUCUUCUUCUGUUACAUUUUCUGUUUCUCUUAUGGUCUUGCUGUUGUUUUGAAUGAUGAAGUUUCCACACUACUUUCUAUAAAAGCAGGUCUUAUUGAUCCGUUGAAUAAGCUGCAAGAUUGGAAAUUGCCGGACAAGGCACCAAGAAAAGAUGCAGAGCCUUGUAAGUGGGUUGGUGUCUCGUGCAAUGCUGCUGGAGCUGUCGAGAAGCUCGAUCUAUCCCACAUGAAUCUCAGUGGCAAAGUAUCCGAUGAGAUACAAAGGCUACAAAGUCUCACUACUCUAAACUUAUGCUGCAAUGGGUUCUCCACAGCAUUGCCAAAAUCUGUAGCCAACCUCAUCACACUGAGAAGUCUUGAUGUCAGCCAGAAUUUCUUCAUUGGUGAUUUUCCAUUAGGUCUUGGAAAGGCAUCACGACUUAUGAUUUUAAAUGCAUCCAGUAAUGAUUUCUCAGGUUUUGUUCCGGAGGAUCUUGGGAAUGCUUCUUCCUUAGAGACGCUAGAUCUCAGAGGCAGCUUCUUCCAAGGGUCUAUUCCACAAUCCUUCAGUAGGUUGCGGAAGCUGAGGUUCCUUGGUCUUUCUGGAAAUAAUCUCACUGGAGAAAUUCCAGGUGAGCUGGGGCAGCUUUCCUCACUGGAGCAUAUGAUUCUCGGGUACAAUGCUUUUGAGGGUGGGAUUCCCAGAGAGUUUGGAAACCUCACCAAUCUUAAGUAUCUUGAUGUGGCCGAAGGCAAUCUUGGAGGUGAAAUUCCAGCUGAAUUGGGAAACCUGAAAUUACUAAACACGGUUUUCUUAUACAAAAACAACUUUAAAGGCAGAAUUCCUCCUGCUCUGUGCAAUCUGACUUCAUUGGUGUUGCUGGAUUUCUCUGACAACAUGCUAUCAGGAAAAAUUCCACCUGAAAUUGGCCAACUGAAGAAUUUAGAGCUCCUAAAUUUCAUGAGCAACCUUCUAUCUGGUCCUGUGCCUUCUGAACUUGGGGAUUUGCCUCAACUGAAGGUUCUUGAGCUAUGGAAAAAUUCCUUGUCAGGGACAUUGCCAAAUCGCUUGGGCAAAAGUUCACCAUUGCAGUGGCUUGAUGUAUCAUCGAACUUCAUCUCUGGUGAGAUUCCAGAAACACUUUGCAGCCAGGGCAAUCUCACCAAGCUUAUUCUUUUCAAUAAUGCCUUCACAGGUCCAAUUCCAGUCAACAUAUCAAUGUGCCCUUCACUAGUUCGUGUUCGAAUUCAUAACAAUUUACUUAAUGGAUCAAUUCCGGUUGGCUUUGGGAAACUUGGGAAUCUUGAAAGGUUAGAAUUGGCUAACAACAGUCUCACUGGUGAAAUUCCUAAUGACAUUGCUUCUUCCACAUCCCUUUCUUUCAUUGAUUUCUCCAGAAACAACCUCCAUUCUUCUCUCCCUUCUACCAUUUUUUCCACUCCGAAUCUCCAAUCAUUCAUGGUCUCCCACAACAAUUUGGAAGGUGAAAUCCCAGACCAAUGUCAGGACUGUCCUUCACUUGGUGUUCUUGAUCUCUCAUCAAAUCGUCUCUCUGGAAGCAUUCCAGAUAGCAUUGCUUCUUGUCAGAAAUUGGUAAACUUGAACCUAAAGAACAACCAAUUGACUGGUAAAAUCCCAAAAGCUCUAGCCAACAUGCCUUCACUGGCCAUUCUUGAUUUUUCCAACAACUCUCUCACUGGUCAGAUACCUGAUAGCUUUGGUAUUUCUCCUGCUCUCGAAGCUCUCAAUGUCUCAUGCAACCAGCUUGAGGGUCCCGUCCCAACAAAUGGCAUGCUAAGAACCAUCAACCCAAGUGAUCUCAUGGGUAAUGCUGGCCUAUGCGGUGGCAUCCUCCCUCCAUGUGGCCAAAACUCUGCAUAUUCAUUGAAGCAUGGGAGCUCACGAGCAAGACACAUAAUCACAGGAUGGGUCAUUGGAAUAUCAUCAGUAUUGGCUAUUGGGAUUGCCAUUUUUGUUGCUAGAUCUAUAUACAUAAGGUGGUACUCUGAUGGCUUCCGCAACGGUGAAAAGAUUUAUAAGGGUGACAAAAGGUGGCCCUGGAGAUUGAUGGCAUUUCAGAGGCUUAAUUUUACAAGCACUGAAAUUCUAGCUUGCAUUAAGGAAACAAAUGUGAUUGGAAUGGGAGCAACUGGGGUUGUUUAUAAGGCUGAACUGUCACAGUCAAAUACAGUUGUGGCGGUGAAAAAGUUGUGGACAUCAGGAUCUGAUACUGAAGUAGGAAGUAAUGAUGACCUGGUUGGAGAGGUGAAUCUAUUGGGCAGGCUAAGACAUAGAAAUAUCGUUAGACUAUUGGGAUACCUUUAUAACGACAUUGAUGUUAUGAUGGUUUAUGAAUUUAUGUCCAAUGGAAACCUUGGAGAUGCCUUGCAUGGCAAACAAGCUGGAAGGUUGCUUGUAGACUGGGCUUCCCGAUAUAACAUAUCUCUAGGAAUUGCGCAAGGGCUUGCUUAUCUUCAUCAUGACUAUCAUCCACCGGUCAUCCACCGCGACAUCAAGUCAAAUAACAUACUGCUUGAUGCAAAUCUUGAGGCAAGGAUAGCAGAUUUUGGAUUAGCCAAAAUGAUGACUGGGAAGAAUGAAACUGUCUCCAUGAUUGCUGGGUCCUACGGCUACAUUGCCCCAGAGUAUGGAUAUACCUUGAAGGUGGAUGAAAAGAUUGACACUUACAGUUAUGGAGUAGUUCUGUUGGAGCUUCUCACAGGAAAGAGUCCACUGGAUUCUGAGUUUGGAGAAUCUGUGGACAUUGUUGAGUGGAUUAGGAGGAAGAUUAGAGACAACAAGCCUCUAGAAGAAGCAUUAGAUCCAAGUGUAGGAAAUUGCAGGCAUGUUGUAGAGGAGAUGCUUUUAGUUCUUAGAAUAGCACUUCUUUGCACCGCAAAGCUACCCAAGGACAGACCCUCCAUGAGAGAUGUGAUAAUGAUGCUUGAAGAGGCAAAGCCUCGGAGUAAAAGCGAUAGCAACAAUAAAAAAGAUGAAGCUAAUAAGAUGACGCCAGUUUUUAGCACAUCAUCUCUAGUUGGCGGCCUUGUGUAGGAACCAAAAAUGGGGUUUUUCCGGGCCAUCAAUCUGAUUCUUCCAUUGUAUUUAGAGCUGUAUUUUGUUCGGUCUCAUGUAAUUUUAUAAUCGCCGGUUCAUAUCUUUUCCUCAA